UAGACUAAUAACCGUAGUCCAGUGUCGUGUGUAUUUCCAAUGGCUAAUGUCGGAUAAUUAUCAACGGAUAUGGAUAUGCGUGAAAUUGUAACCGAAUCACACAGCAGACAAUGGCGAAACAAAAAGUGACAAAUGGUGAGGAUCCACAUCGCCUCAACUUGGCUUAUCAAGACAUGGAAGAGCUUCCAGAAAACAUCAUUCAGCAUUAUUCUAAAACUACAUUUGUCUUAGAUCUGAGCUUCAAUAAAUUUUCAGAGCUACGAACGCUAGAGGGCUUUGACAAUAUUCACACCCUAAUCUUGGACAACAAUGAGAUCAAGUCACAUGCCAAGUUUCCUCCAAUGCCUUGCUUACACACGUUGUGGGUCAACCGUAAUAACAUCACCAACUUGACAACAUUCAUCGAGACCUUGGCUCAGCACUUUCCCAAACUCAAGUUCCUGAGCAUGAUGAACAACCCUGCUGCUCCUAGCUACUUCAAUGGAGGCACCUUUCAGCAGUUUCAAGACUAUAGGCAGUAUGUGAUCAGCCAGCUUCCGAUGCUAGAGACAUUAGAUGAUCAACCAGUCACUUGGGAUGAGAGACAAGAAGCAGAACGGAUAUACAAACAGAUGUUCACCACCAAGCAGAGAUCUAAAAAGAAACCAUCCACUAAAAAGUCCAAGUCAAGACGGCAUUCCUCAGGUCAGGAGAGCAUGGAGGAGACUAGUGGUGCAAUAGACUCUUUGCCUGAUCUACCUGAUCUCAUUGGAGACACAUGAUGCAAGCUACCGCCAUCCUCUAAGCAUGCAUCUAUGCAAAUGAGCAGAUGAAAUAACUCUUACCUAGUGACAAAAGGAUGCAGGGGAUGAAUGAUCUCCAAGGAAACUGCAAAAUUCUUGUUCUGUCUUCUCCAAGUCCUAACUCAAGACGCGGUCUUCAAAAUUACAAUGUACACAUCUCUACAUAAGAUUAUGUAUUUUUACUAUACCUAGGAGCAUUUGCAAUAUGUGUAUUUGCAACUCGUAAGUAAUGGCAUCACAGGUUUUUUACAUGCUAUCACCUUGCAACUUUUCAAAAUAUGAUAGCCAUUGCUUUUGCUAUGUCAGACAUGUUCCAGCAUUGCCUGGAGAGAAAUAUUGUGAGGUGGAAAUGGUGUGAAAACCUGUGUUGCUAUUUGCAACUCAUCAUGACACAACUCCGCUAAUUUUCAAACCAUACAUGUAGGUUAGAUUCCUGCAUGCUACUGCUUUAAUUGGACAGAUACAGUUGCAUGUAGAUAACAGUUUGAAUGUAGUUGUGAGCUUGUUUGCUUACUGUGUAAGCAUUUAUUCUUGACAAAUUUAUCCCAAUUCUGUGUCUUAAAGUAUUGCUAAAAAUCGUAAAUUGAAAUUAUUAUAUAUUUUAUAAUGAAGUACAGAUAAUUUGUUUUUGUUAAUUUAUCUUCAUGUACCCGGUGAUUUGGGUUAUUCACAAUAUCUUUUAACAUUCCAUAUGAAAUAUCAUUACACAACUGGUAAUCUACAUUCAGAACUUCUUGAUAGGUUGCAUAGCCCUUUGAAGAUAAACAAUAGAAAAUAGAAGAAAAAAGUUAGAAACAGGCACUAGAACUAUGUCUAAACUUUUAUGUAUAGGUAUCUGCUUUAAGUCUAUCUGUACUAGUUUGGCCAGGAGGGAUUAGAAUUAUUAGACCUCCCUGCAUGGUCACUGACAGGUGGUUAUCACAUCAACUUAGCUCUCAGUAGAACAGUUGGGCUUUAAAGUAGGGCCUUUAAAGCUAUGAGAUUAUUAAAAAGUGUAAGUUGUUGUUGUUGUUUGUUUUUGUUUUUUGUUUUUUUUGGGGGAGGGGAUUGUUGGUGGUAGAAAAGCAUUAAUUAAUUUCCUGUAUCGAUGUGACUCACUAUUGUGCAUAACUACCAGAAUGUAAUCAUUCAUUGACUAGAUUGAGGCUAUAGCUUAUAUUUAUGAUUUGUUCAUUUUGUUGUAUUUAUAACCAUGGCUUGUUGUAUGUUACAUAACAUCUCUUCUAUGUUUAUCUCUCUAUAGUCUACUGAAUUGUGCUUUGACAAGUUAUCAUUUUUAAAAAAAUCUUUGACAAAAAUUUGUUGCUGAAAAUUUGUUCAGUCAAUCUGUAUUGAAAAUAUGAAAACUUUUAGUAUUACUUACAUCUUUGUACAAUUAUCAUCAGUACUUAAUUUUUCAACAGUAUUUGUAAAUUUGCAAAACUAAGAACAACAAUCUUGCCGGUCAUUUGAGUCGUAUUGAGCCUUCAACUGAUCAUAUAAACAACUGAAGUAUGAUUCGCAUGAUGCAAAUGAUGCAGCUAGUUAAAUAAUUAUAGUAUUAUACCAUCUAUCAGCUUCAUAUGAUAGGUGCCUAUACAGCCUCAAUGAGAGCUGAUAGAUUGUAUACAACAAAACUCUUGGCUCCUUACUGGAAGCAAAGAGGAGCCAUUUGAGACUGCUUUAUUCCAUUAUUGAUAGCAAAUAAAUUCCAAGGUCAGUGGCUUGAAUUUACUUUAGCGCACCAAUACCUCUAAACCUGUAAAUGUGCAGUGCUCUACGCAUGUAUUAAUACACCACAGUAUAAUUGCAUUAACCUCUACAAGUACUGCUGUGCAUUGUAAACUUAAAAGUUGAAUGAUAGUACUGGAAACUAUUACAUGCUUUUUCAUGAAAAAAAAUGAAAUGUGGGAUAGUCUUUGUGACAGUUCGACCCAUCAUUUGAUUGAGAAUCUAGGUGUGAGUUGUAUAUUCAUGUAUCUAUCUUUUAUCUACAAUUAUGCUUCCUUGCAUAGUAUACAAGAUAUUCUUCUAUACAUAUUCUUCAAGGUACUCUUUGUGUCACAUGUGAUGAAUAAUGUUGUCAAAAUGUUUUGUUCUUUUUGUACUUUUCCUGCUGUACCGAGAUAGAAUAUGUUUUAUUCCCCUUUAAAAAAAAAAAAAAUCUAAUAUACUGCCAGCAGAUAGAUAAUGCAUGUAUUUUGUGCUUGAUAUGAACCUACAAUGUGCAAUGCAAUUUUCUAUUAAAAUGGCAGGCUGAUGUUCAGAUACAAUAACAGUGAUACUAAUUUUACUGAAUGAAAUUAUAAUGCCUUUUAAUCUAUUGAAUAUUAUAGAGGUGGUUUCAGUUUUUCUCUUUUUUUGUGAAAAUUGCAUUAUUGAUAUUGUAUUUUAUACAUUUGUAAGAACCAAACUGCAAGAAUUCAUCAUCAUAUAUGUGUAUUAAAUCAUCAUCAUCUUUAUAUAUGUGUAUUGAACACUUCUAACAUUUAAAGAACUUGUAAUAUAUUGGUCAAUUUUAUAAGAAAAGAAAAUGGCAUUAAAUGUUUAUUCAUAUACCUC